AGCGUCACUUGUUGCUUGCCAACGCUAAGACGCCAGAAUGUAAUGAAAAACGAAAAUAAGUCGUAUCGAUUUAUUCAGGGUCUUUUAGAGAUAUUUGGAGACAACCACAGAUAACAAAUGUCUCUAGAAAUCUCAGUAGGGACUCAGGCUGGGAUUUUUGAGUCGCGUGUAAUUGCCAGCUACAUUAUAGAACUGUUGAAGAAAUGUCAUGAAAUUCGCGAUCUUUAUGGUGCCCUCGCAGAAGAAUUGAAACAAGGACGCGAAAGUUUAAAUGAACAUGAGCAGACGAUAGACAAUAUGCAGAUUACAGUGCAAGCAUUUAGUGAAACAAUGGACAAGAUAGGAGUUCGAAUGCUACAAGAAAACAUUGCGGUAUCACAAAGGCACACACAAAUUGAUGCUCUCAAACGGGAUAUUGCGGUGUUGUCCGAGUACAUAGAAAAUGGCAGUCAACAUCAGCAGGCGACAACAAAUCGAAAAGAGGAACAUCUGAAUGACGUCAAAACACGUCGAGGAAAGAUGGGGAUGCAGCUAGCAAAGAUGAAAACAAAUAUAGACAAUACCUACGAGGACCUGUUUGAAACACAAGAAAAACUAAUUUCUUUGAAGGAUUUACGGGAAAUGAGACGUGAAGCUGAGACCGUUGAGAUAGCUGCAUUGAAGGACAAGUCGGCCUCGGCCACCGACAGAAAACGGUCUAUCUUUAUGAUCACUGAUAAGGAUUCAUUCAACUUGAGUGAAAUGUACGUCAAUCCAACAGCGUUUGCAAAGCUGGAAGAAGACAUUGAAAUAUUGAAGCGCCAGCAAGUUCAAAUGGACAAACAUAUACAGAUGCAGCUAUACGAACGUGCAUUCCUGCGGGACACUGCCAACUCAAUUAUUCAAAGAGUAUUUGAACUGGAGAAAAGGGUCAGGAAAGAAACGGGCGAUCAUGGCUGGGAGUCAGCUUUAUCCGUAGAGCCGAAAUGGUACCAGGAAUAUUCAACGCCGAGCGUUUGGCAUUCUUCACUGCCAAUAACAACUGAUCAACUGAAACGGAUGCAAGAACUCUACACCCGGAAAGUUUCUCCCGCACGAGCAAUUUGCGAUGAAAAUGAAAGCGAGGCGACAUCCGGUGAAACUUCAGAUGGAAUUGUUGUGAUAAAUAUGCAAGAAUCAAGCAUUUCAUAAAACAAUUUUAUAAUUCUUUUACUUUUAUAAUUUCUGACCAUUUCAACCUGUUAAUUACUGAGAACUUCACCUCCAUUGCUGCAUGUUUAUAUUGCGUAUCAAGCUUCCGUACAUGUAUUUAGCUUUUAAUUAAACAAUUUUGUUAUACUA